AUGAGGCAGAAGAGGGAGAGGGGGCCUGAGGCCCAGGGUGGGCACCAGCCAGCCAUGGCUGCAGCUGAGACGGUCUUGCCUUCUAUCAACAUGCUUACCACCCUGGGCCCGUUCCUGGAUGCACAGGAAGACUUCCUUAAGUGGUGGCGCUCCGACGAGACACAGGACAUGGGCCCGGGUCCCCCAGAUCCCACGGAGCUGCCUCUUCACGUGAGCCUGAAGUCGGAGGACCCUCCAAGAGAGGACGAGGACGAUGAGAGGUACCCGACCUGUGCCUGGGAUCCAAAUGUUUUCCUCGCCAACUUCCCAGGUCCGAAGCUUCCUGGAGCGCCCGAGACCUGCGCUCCGGCGCCCUGUGAGGGUCCAGUGGCACAAUACCUGCCGCCGCCGGAGACUCUGGGCGCGUAUGUGGGUGGCCCGGGGUUGGUGGCUGGGCUUUUGGGUCCCGAGGAACAAGAGGCCUGGGCGCACCCAGCCCCGCGAGCCCCAGUCCCUGACCCCUUCGUGGCCCCAGCCCUGGCCCCGGCAUCCGAGCCCAAGGCGUUGCCAGUGCAGCCGUCGUACGCGGAGUCGGGGUUGGGGUCGGCUGGUGGCUACUAUCCGCGGACCGGGUUCCCGGUGCCCACGGCGCCGGGCACCUCCUACGGGCUGCUGUCGGGGUACCCCGCGCUGUAUCCCGCGCCGCAGUACCAAGGGCACUUCCAGCUCUUUCGUGGGCUGGCGACACCUUCGGCCGGCCCCGCCGCGCCCCCUUCCUUCCCGAAUUGUCUGGGCCCGGGUACAGUGGGCACGGGACUCGGAGGCGCUGCGAUCGCAGGAGAGCCAGGCCUGAUCCCAGAAGCCGCUGCGACUAAGCGCUGCCGAAGGCCCUGCUCUCGUAAGAGGCAGGCAGCGCACACGUGCGUGCACCCCGGCUGCGGCAAGAGCUACACCAAGAGCUCGCACCUAAAGGCGCACCUGCGCACGCACACCGGAGAGAAGCCUUAUGCCUGCUCCUGGGAUGGCUGUGGCUGGAGGUUCGCACGCUCGGACGAGCUAACGCGCCACUACCGGAAGCACACAGGACAACGCCCCUUCCAAUGCAGUCUCUGCCCACGUGCUUUUUCACGCUCUGACCACCUGGCCUUGCACAUGAAGCGACACCUUUGAGCCCCACUCCCGCACUCCGCACUCUGAUCACACCAGGGGCUGGGAAUGGAAUAAGAAUGGAUCCACCACAGGGUUGUUUUCUGAAGGAUGGGCCCUUGUUUGGACUCAUGGCCCCACACAUAUACCCCACAGAUCAAGAACUAACCCGUAGACCAACCCAAGGGGACAUUCGUGGAAAACCUCUCAUCCUCAGCCACAGGGAGCCACACAGACACAUCUAAUGGCUUCACAGACCAAGCAAGACAAAUCACCAAAUAAACUGACUCAGAUGGACCCUCAUACAAACUCAGGGGUGCCCUGGUGGCCAUGUGGGGUGAGGUUUCCUAGAGGCUAGAAGGGGACUUCACAUUGUUUCUGGAAGCUCCAUCCCCGACUGUGAAUGGUUAUGGGUCCUAUAAAAAUUCCCCUCCCAUAUAAAACCAGUGUUGGCC